UUUGGGUACAAUAAUCUCUGGUGUAGUUAUUCCCUCUAAUUCUUGAAGAAAAAAAAGAACUUAAAAGAAAUACACAUGUUUUGGCGAAAACGAACAACAGUGCGUUGAUUUAAACUUAAAGUGAAACUGGAAGUGGAAUGGCAGCUUUGCACUUUGGUAGACGAGUAGGGCGAGCAGUAAAAGAAAGAAUUGUAAGGAGAAAAAGCAGCGUGUUGCAAGGACGAUUAUGGCAUGACCCUUUCAUGUCCGCUGCUUCUUGCGCCAUCGCCGAAAGAAUCCCCUUCGUUGAUCUCAUCGUCCACGUCACAGAUGCAAGGAUUCCCUUGUCCUCUCAAUGUCACUUACUCAGAGAUUACUACCAAACUUCCUCAAACCAUAUUAUUGCGCUCAACAAAGCUGAUCUCGCUUCUCGUUCCGCUUUACAGGCAUGGAUGGAUUACUUUAGAGAAAUGAACUGCAUAUCUUGUGAAGUCAAUGCUCAUAACAAGGACAGUAUCAGACAGUUCCUUAGCCUUAUACAACGCCAGGUGGGAAAAUUGAGAAGUGAUCAAGAUAAUAAGUAUACUGCAACAGUAAUGUUAAUAGGGAUUCCAAAUGUUGGUAAAUCGGCACUUGCUAAUGCCUUGCAUCAAGUGGGGAGAAUUAGGGCAGCAGAAAAAGGAAAGUUAAAGCAUGCAACUGUGAGUCCAGAGCCAGGAGAGACUAAAGACAUAAGAAGUUAUAAGAUUGCUAGCCAUCCCAAUAUUUAUGUGUUAGACACUCCAGCUGUUUUAUCUCCAGAGGUUCCUGAUGUUGAUAUUCUAUCUAAAUUACUCUUAACAGGAGCAAUUGGGGACAAUAUGGUUGAGAAAAAAGAAAUUGCUCAAUAUUUUCUAGCUAUUCACAACUCUAGCGAGCAGUACAAGAAAUGGGCGAAGUUAUCUAGCAAGGAUGAUGACAGUUUUUUCCUUAACAGCACAGCAGAAUGCUUGACUACCUCUGGGUUGCAAAUGAAACAGAAAAACCAAAUCCCUACAGAUCACACACAGGAUCGCGUAGUGCAGGAUGUUCGACGAACACUCUAUGAAACAGUUACGACUUUUAAUGGCAAUAUAAGAUCUGAAGUUGAAAUGGAAGCACUUAUUGUCAGACAGUUUACUGCCUUACAGGAAGCUUUCCACGUUUCAACUGAAUGUGAAGAAGAUGCUCAUGACAAGGUUGCCGGGAAGCUGCUUAAUCUUUUCCGUACGGGUCGUGUUGGACAUUAUAUUUUAGAUAAUCUUCCCAGAAAUAUUCCAUGAUGAUUGCAGGCCAAUGCAUUGUGUAUUGACCUUUAAAUAUAGCUACUCAACUCUGCUACAAGCUUAAAUCAUAAUUAUUUUCAAAGCAAAAGCCUUUUACAUACCA